CUACGAACUUGACGGCGUGUAGAGAGGCGGGGGAUUGCGAACAGACCGACUGCCUGGGGGUCUGCAGCGGAAUCAGUCGGAGAAGCCGACACAAGAAUAGGUGGAAAAAAGUUGCUCCUAACUCUCUCCACGGUCGACGCAGAAUACGGAGACACCACUGGAGUUUUUAAAGCCCAGCAGUUUCCACAGUCAGACAUGAGGAGCCCUCCAGGCCUGGGUCGCUGAGCAGCUGAGGUCAGAGUUCAAGCGCUUGUUUUUGGCAGUCAUGGCUGACAAAGAGGGUGUGCCUGUCGCCCCGGGCCAGGUCUACAUCGAGGUGGAGUACGACUAUGAGUACAAGGCCAAAGACAAGAUGGUGACUAUUCGCCAGGGAGAGUGGUAUAUGCUGGUGAAGAAGACCAAUGAGGACUGGUGGCAGGUGAGGAAGGAGGAGGGCACAAAGGCUUUUUACGUGCCAGCGCAGUAUGUCAGAGAGGUGCGUCGGGCACUCAUGCCCCCUCAGAAGCCCACCGUGAGGGCCAAGCCCACCGUUUUAGAUAUCUGCAGGGCAUCAAAUGAAAACCUCAACAGACCCCACCCAGAAAUGUCCAGCUUUGGGCGUCCUUCACCCUCCUCGACCCCAUCGCCAUCCUCUGAUCGCGUUACACCACCAGUUCUGCCCAAGGAUGCUAACCAGAAUGUGGGAAGUCCCCAUCACUGCAAAGUGGUAGCUGAACUGGUACUUCUUCACAAUAACAACAACCAUCACCAUGCCAACAACUCCACGCUCCCAAAGUCACGGGCAGACUCUCCUCCGCUCAAGGUGGGGAACAACCACAGCAAAAGUCCAGAUAGCGACAAGACCUCUCCACCAAGCGAGCUGCCGGGGGACGGGCUGAAUAAGCUUCACAACGACUCCGAGUCCGGGGACGAGCUGAGCAGCAGCUCAACAGAACACAUGCAGACAACAUCUCCUACGGGUCAGGGCCGGUCCGACUCGCCCGUCUACACGAACCUCCAGGAGCUGAAGAUCUCACAGUCCAGCCUGCCGCCCGUCCCCUCCAGCUCCCCUCUCCACAUCCUGGGCGACUGGGAGACCCACAAAGACCUGAGUGGCAGGCAUUUCUACUACAAUCGUGCCACCGGAGAGCGCACCUGGAAGCCGCCGCGCACCAGGGACACUAGCGGCAGCACCAGCAGUAUGCGAGUGGACAGCCAGGGCACGGUGGAGAGUGAGCCGCUGUCCUCAGAGGAAAACUGUCACAGCACCCACUCAAGUCAGUCUGACAGCCAGUACGGGUCGCCCCCUAGAGGCUGGUCUGAGGAGCUGGACGAACAUGGACACACUCUCUACGUCUCUGAAUACACACAAGAGAAGUGGAUAAAACACGUGGAUGAACAAGGCCGGCCCUACUACUACAGCGCUGAUGGAUCCAGAUCAGAAUGGGAACUGCCCAAGUACAAUAUCUCCCCUCAGUCCGGAGAGGUUCCCAAGAGUCGCAGUCUGGAGAGGAAGCAGCAGGAUCCCAUCGUCCUCACCAAGUGGAGACACAGCACCUAUGUCUUAGACCUCAACGACAAGGAGUGUGCUCCGGCGCCCAAGCAGAGCUCUCCAGACUCUGACUCGUGCCCUUCAUCUCCUAAGCACCCCUCGACACCCUCAGAGAAGUGUGGAGUCCUCAAUGUCACCAAAAUCACAGAGAAUGGAAAGAAAGUCAGGAAGAACUGGACCUCCUCUUGGACGGUGCUGCAGGGUUCCUCCCUCCUCUUUGCAAAAGGUCAGGGGGGCAGCACCAGCUGGAAGUUUGGCAGCAACCAGUCGAAACCCGAGUUCACUGUUGACCUGCGGGGGGGGUCGGUGGAGUGGGCCUCCAAAGACAAGUCGAGCAAGAAGCACGUCAUCGAGCUGAAGACUCGUCAAGGGACGGAGCUGCUGAUCCAGUCAGAGAUCGACAGUGUGAUCAACGACUGGUACCGAGCCCUCACAGAGACCAUCACCACGCAUGCCUGGGAGUCAGAUGAGGCCAUUGAAGAGGACAUGCCUGAGUCUCCAGGAUCUGAGAAACAGGACAAGGAGAAAGAUCACCGGGACUCAAAGAAGAACAGGGUGAUGAAGACCUCCGUGAGCAUGGACUCUUCAGACCAGAAGAAGACCAGGAUGAAGCUCAAGAAGUUCCUGAUACGUCGGCCCACCUAUCAGGCUGUCCGAGACAAGGGUUACAUCAAAGAUCAGGUGUUUGGCUGCAGCCUGACCAGCCUGUGCCAGCGGGAGAACACAUCAGUGCCCAACUUUGUCAAAAUGUGCAUCGAGCACGUGGAGAACACGGGUCUCGAUAUCGAUGGCUUAUACAGAGUGAGCGGAAACCUGGCGGUGAUCCAGAAGCUCCGCUUUGCUGUCAAUCAUGAUGAGAAGGUGGAUUUGAAUGACAGCAAGUGGGAGGACAUCCACGUCACCACUGGAGCCCUUAAGAUGUUCUUCAGGGAGCUUCCUGAGCCUCUCUUUACAUAUGGAUCCUUCAAUGACUUUGUUAAUGCCAUCAAAUCCUCCGACUACAAGCAGCGAGUGAAUUCAAUCAAAGACCUGAUCAAGAAGUUGCCAAAACCCAACCACGACACAAUGCAAGUCCUCUUCAAACACCUGCGCAGGGUGAUUGAACAUGGGGAGGCCAACCGCAUGACCACCCAGAGCGUGGCCAUCGUGUUCGGACCCACGCUGCUGCGACCCGAGGCCGAGACGGGAAACAUUGCGGUCCACAUGGUCUACCAGAACCAGAUAGUGGAGCUCAUACUGCUCGAGUACGAAAGCAUCUUCGGCAGGUAGAGGCAGCCGCUCAGAAGAGGAUGCAGGGCUUUUCAAACAUGGGCUGCUUUUCCUCCCCUCCCCCCCCUCCUUUUCUUUGACUGAGCUGAACAUUGCUGUGGACCAAGCAGUUGGGAGAGAAAAGAAAAAAACAUCUAAUUUACAUUCAUUGACAGGACAGUUUACGAAAGUGUUGCACUUACUGAAGUUUUGGAGAUGAAUUUAAAAAAGGUUGUACAGAUUAUCACCUGCUUUUUCUGUUGCUGUCCUUGCUGCGAGUAGCAGGCUGGACAAUGGACAGAGUUUGACAGUGUUGCCGUGACGACGCGUGGACGUAGUGUGAUUUGGUGGAUUUGAGUAUUCGGGUGUUUUCACAUACACUGGAUCCCUGUGGCCAGUAAUUUGAACUUCAGCGUGGAGCAGGUAGAAGCCAAACGGACCGCGGCGGAUGGCGGCGGAUGGCGGCGGAGGCGCAUGGUAUUAUAAGCUGAACCGGCGACCUUAUCACCUUGCUGGUGAAAUGAGCUGAAUCUGAACUGGAUAGGUUUUCUCCUUCGUGGACUUUCAUCUGUGAUGUAUCAGCCGUGUGUGAUUUUUGGAUCAGGUGGGGAAAAAAAAAUAAUCAGUGUUAUGUUAAAAACUGUCUUUUGGCACUUGGAUGAACUGGACUUACAGAUCGUGUCCCCAGUUUCCUAUAACCCCCUUACCUUGGCCGGCCCCACCUCCCCUGUUCAACCAGUGUUGAGCAUUAACUCUGUCACAUGAGUGUCCUGUGAUGUGAAUGAUGGAUGUGUGUGUGUGUGUGUGUGCACGCGUCUGGAGGUGAAUAACCUGAACAGAAGCAUCCUCGUCUUGUCCCCUUUGUACAAACUGUGUGUCGUGUAGUCUUUUGUGCUUUGUUAAAGUUACCGUUAAGCCGCCGGGGGGGGCGGCGGCGUUGGUCAUCGUCUGCGCUCCUCUGCGAACUUCAGUGUUGGUUUCUUCAGUGGCAGGAAACGUCACCCGGCCUGGCGUUACUGGAAAACAACAAAGUGGAUUUCUGGAAACUGCAGUGUUACCAGUGUUUUUUUUUUACAUGAACUGUCUGAGACUGUCGGCUUGUUGACCCUUCUCGUCACCUGACCCAAUGUUAAAGAGUAUUCAGAGAAGGGAAACGGUACAGUUGAUGUAUGGGAGCGCAUGGGUGUUAGAAUGCAAAGAAGAGCCUUUAAAACCCUUUCAGAGCAUAUGUACAGUGACACAACCUAGUUGUUAAAAUGUGUUCUAGUGACUGGUAUGUAUGCUUUGAUGGUGAACUAGUGAAAGAUUCUUUUGAUUUUGUAAAUUUGACAAUAUUGUGAAAAAAGAAACAACCACAUGAUUGACUGUUACUUUUGUUUGAAGGUGUAUCUGGAGUGUUUGCGCAUGGUCAGCUGCACAUUUUGAAUGUAAUUUUCAGGCUAACUGCUGUUUGUGAAGUUGCUAUGUCUAAUAAAAAAAAAAAGA